AAAACAAAUCCAGGUCACGUGACAGGCGGACAGGAGCAUCGUUUUGGGACAAAUUUUGAGUGUUAGCAAGGUCUUCGUGCGAGCCACCCGCCCCCAACCCCCGGUAAAAAUGACCAAGCUGCAGUUUUUAAACGUCUUCCUGACUGAGCGUCUCAUGCUUGCCGCGCAGGAGAUUUACAAGUCCGUGGAGGACACGAUUUUGGAAUACCAAGAGGAGAUAGCGAUCAGGGAGCGGGAGAACGACCAUCUGAGGCGGCGGCUCCGAGACGCUGGGAUCGAAAUAUGGCCAGAUCGUCCGUCCAUGGGGCUGCUGGAUGAAGAGGAUGGAGAACACCCACGCCGUGAGUGGAGUCCCAGUAUGGGGCAUGAGGAGCGCAUUCCCAUUCAGAUCAAAGACAAAAGAGCUCUGCGGGUCAACCAGGGAGACGAUCAUCUUCGAGGCCAUGGCUCUUGUGGUACCUCGGGGAAUAUGUUCACUCCUCCCCGUGUUGCAAAUGAAUACCCCCAGGAUGGCCCCCACACUUCCAGCCUUCCUCAAAGUCAGGGUGUGGAGAACCGGGAAAGGGAUUCUGGAUCUCGGGGUUCCUCUAGGCAUGUGAAGUGUGAGACUGUAGGCGGCCACAGAGGUUCUGCAUCUUCCAGCAGUGGCACCCAGCCUCUAGCUCCAGUCAAUCCAAACUGCUCCAAUGAGAACAAUAUUGACAUGAUGGGAGCGGAGACUGGAGGACAAAUGGUUGCUGCUAAAGGAGCUGUAAGUGGACCUAACAGAGGACAAGCCUCUCUCAUCCGUAACCAAGGAGCCAACGCUAUGGACUGCCCACAUCAAAAGUCUCCCCUGCAGGGCCACAUGUCAUCUUUCUGUUGUAAAGUCUGCGGUGAGGCGUUCAGUCACAUUGGCCACCUACACGUGCACGUGCAGGUGCACACACGGGAAAAACCUUACCGCUGUGGAGUGUGCGGAAAGUGCUGCAGCUCCUCCGGAAGACUGCAGGAGCACCAGCGGAGCCACACGGGAGAAAAACCGUUUCGUUGCCAGAUUUGUGGAAAGGGAUUCACACAGAUGGCUCAUCUGAAAGUUCACAUGAGGAUUCAUACAGGGGAGAAGCCGUACAGCUGCCCCGUGUGUGGCAAGUGCUUCAGUCGCUCCGAUAAAAUCAAAAGGCACCUUCAGACCCACAGCCGCGAGGGAACUUAUUUCUCAGGGCAAUGAUGGAAGGAGUAUUAUUUUAACAGCCCGCUUUAUGGAUCAUAUUGAUCUGAGGAACUUUUCUAUUAAAAGCUAAAAAUGCUGCCGUUGACAUUUUCUUUACUUUGCAAGAACUAAAAGUUCUGCAGGUGGUAAAAUACUUUCC